AGAGAAUAUGUUCAGCUCAAUGUACAUUCACAUACCUGCUAUAACGCUGCUAGUAUUUGCUGCCGUAAGCAAAGAUUUUCAAGGUGAAUCGACCAUGAUAGAAGAAGACAUUGAGAAGUUGCUUUUGAAUUCUCGAGAUGAAUUACCCAGAUUAGCUCAGUCGAUUCUCAUCAGUGAAGGGGAGAUUAAACGACAGAAAGAUAAGAUCAAUAAUGCAACUGCAGGAACAGUCAACGACAGCGUUGAGAGCUAUAUCAGCUGUUGGAGAAAGUUCUAUGAAAACGUAUAUGGACUAGAAUUAUUCAUGAAUAUGGUAUACAAAAUUCAACAUGAACCUGAACAGUUUGGGUCGACGUAA